CGUUAUUUUAAUAAGCAUCUUUAUCAAUCUCCGUUCAUGAAAGCGGCGCUGCAUGAAGUCCUCCUACACAGCAAGCGGUGCUGCUGGCUCGGAAAUUUCUCUAUACCUCUGAGCAGUUUUGUUUUUAUCUCCAUUUUAGAGAGCACUGUCGCAUUAUAACAUGACUGAGGCCGUGACAGCAGCACAUCGGUGUUCUUAUCAGACAGCGGUUGACUUUGAUUCUGAAAUUUCAUAGUUGCCUAGCAACCCCAAGUGAUGAUGGGUGACACAGAGAAGCAGAAUUUGGAGGAGGUAGAGGGGCAAAGCUGCACCUCCAGCGCCACUGCACCCAUUAACAAUAGCACAUCAGUGAGUUCCACACCCAGACCAAAUACUCCCACAGGCACACAGGCGACUUCUGUUCUACCUCUGGGAAACAUGUCCUCAGACAGACAGGCGGUCCAGUUAAUUCCCCAUCAGUCCCAGGUAAUUCAACAGGCAUUGCACAGACCACAGAGUAUGACAGCGCAGUACCUGCAGCAGAUGUACGCCGCUCAACAGCAGCACAUCUUGCUGCAGACAGCUGCUUUACAACAGCAACAUCAGCAGAACCUCACUGCUGCUCAGAUCCUGGCCACCACACAGCCGGCACCACAAGCUAAUGGCAGCCAGCUCACAUCUUCUCCUCCAGCCACAAAUGGAAAUGUAACUCAGCUGGCUAGUGUCUCUCAGACAUCAAUCACCAUACCAACCUGUUCUGUAAAUCAGCCGAUUGGCCGCAUCCAGGCCAGCAGCUCCAAUAGCACAGGAGGAGCCGUAUCCCAGCAGACCAUGCUUCUAGGAAACAACUCUCCCACAGGUAGCCAGGCCCAAAUGUACCUGCGCACUCAGAUGUUGAUUCUCACCCCUGCGGCUACAGUAGCUGCUGUUCAGCCUGAUUUAACAGUCGUGUCCUCUCAAUCAGCAUCAUCACAGGUUCAGAGCUUGGCGCUCCGCACAAAUCUCCAAGGAUCACUUGCUGCUCCCCAUAACAUCCAGAUCAAGCCCUCCCCUCAAGGCCAGACGCUGGUGACCCCACUUCCCAAAAUGUCUAUUUGCCCACUGAAGUCCACACAAGUGUCCCAAAACCUGGUCGAACCUUCUCGAAGUGAGUCACUUAUGACCAAUGUCUCUCAGCCACCAUCAUCCCACUCACUCAUUGCACCAUCAACAUUUUCUCCAGUCCAGUCUCAUACACUGGUCAGACAUCAUCUGCAUUGCCCUCCCGGCCAGAGGAUGGCGCCACACCAGCUCAUUAUUCAACAGAGCGCCACUGCUCAAAGACAGGUCCAGCCCAUCGCUCUGCGUGUCACACCACGAGGGGUCUCUCCUCCACCUCUCUCCCUCCAGACCCGCACUACUCCCUCUACAGCCACCGUCCAAUCACAGCACACCCAACUCUUCUCAGUGCCCUCCUCCACAAAUCAACCAACCAAUCAGCAAGCUGUAGUCUCUACCUCCACGCCAACACUCCCCGACCCGCCACCCCUUCAUCUGGGUCCGGUAUUAGAGCCGGUCUCUCAGUAUUCACCACUGUCCUGUCCUCCACCUCUCACCAUGGCCCUGCCCAGACUAAUGCAGCCACCGAGACUGUCUCUGCGCUCGGUUCAGACCGUGGCUGUCCAGUCUGAUCAUAUGCUGGUGUCCGAGGAAGAACUUCCAGCCGCUGAAGCUCUGGUUCAGCUUCCUUUUCAAAACCUACCGCCACCACAGACGGUGGCCGUGGACUUGAAGCUGCAGCCUGCCACACAACCAGAAGCUCUGUCGGCUACUCAGUUGUUUAAAGAGAGUGAAAGCAUGAAUCUGAUGAAGGAUGCGUUGAGGAACAGAACGCCUACCCCGGCACCAACAUCCCCACCGGUCGAACCCCAGACAAGCUCUGAUGAUGUACCGGCUCAGCCAGAAAACUGCACAGCUGAUCAGGACCAACCCCGUGUACCAUCGGUGAACCAGUCGUCGGAGGACCCCACAUACGCCAACGGUUCCCCCCCUCCCCUCCUCUCUUCUGCGGUAAGAAGGUUUCCCCCAGCCAGCCUUCCGGGGAACCCUGAGGGUCAGCCCUCACAGGCCAUCGUUAGACCUCACAUCCUCACACACCUCAUUGAGGGCUUCGUCAUCCGAGAGGGCCUGGAGCCGUUCCCGGUCAGACGUGCCUCCCUAGAGAUGAACCUGCAGGCCACAUUACCAGAAGAUGGAAAUACUCAUGGAGAAACAGUCCAGGAUGACUGUCUGAUGGAUCCAGACAACUCGAGUGAUUCUGACAUUGAUAACCUACCUGCUGAGGAUGGUGGGCACCUUAGCAUCCCAAAGCAGACAGUCGAAAAAGUGGCCAAUGUGUUGGAAUGCGAGUUUUGUGGGAAGAGAGGCUUCGCUCACACCUUCCUCAGAUCCAAACGCUUCUGCUCCAUGGCGUGUGUCAAAAGAUUCAAUGUGAGCUGUAAGAAGCGUCUGAACCUGUUAAGGAUGGAUAAACUUAGCCGCUGGCCCCACAGACCCAUGGGAAGGCGUGGGAGACCACCCAGUCGUAUAAACGGCGGCUCUAGGGAACACUUUUUCAGAAAGCACAUUAUUUCCUUGCAGCUGCAAGAGUCUCAUCCUACCGAUGGCAACCAGAGAGUGUACAAUUCCUCAGUGUGGAUUGAGCGAGAUGAGGAAGAGGAUCCACCGGGCCCAAUGACAACCAGGCUGCGUCUUCAGACAGAGAGAGAGAAGGAGCAGGACCGAGAGCGAGAACAGAGCCGGGUGGAGAGCUGCAGCAGCUCCGACUGCUUUCUUGACUUGAGGCCCUCACAGUGGAGCGUGGAGAACGUCUGCUCCUUCAUCGGUUCCUUACCAGGGUGUCAUGACCUUGCCGCAGAGUUUCGCUCACAGGAGAUUGAUGGACAGGCGCUGUUGCUGCUGACAGAGGAUCAUCUCAUGAGCGCUAUGAACAUUAAACUGGGCCCUGCUCUUAAAAUCUGUGCACAGAUUAACACUCUCAAAGCAACUUAGAGACUCUUGUCAGGUCCGACCAUAUUUCAAAUCUCAGAUGUGGUUGUUUGCUCUCAGUAUGAUGGUCAUACUUGUCCUAUCCUGCCAUAAUAUAAUUAAGGAUCUACGUCCACUUAAGUGCCAUAGUUCAAUAAUUGUCUCCAUUCUAUCGAUACGGUUCGCUUUAGUGAGGACCCUGCCCUCUUCAGAUACCUCAGACAAGAUCUUACCUGUUAGGAUGGAUCUCAUUCCGUUCAACCUGAUUGUAAGGCAAGAGUUUUGUAUAUAGGUUUAUUGUGAUCUUGCAUUUAUAGUAAACAGACCGAGGGAUGAUAUUGGCACAUAAUGUACAAAGUAUUUAAAAUAAAACAUUUACACACAAAUGUUAGGAAACUCCUUUCAGAAUAAGUUGAAUGUUUGCAAAAAUGCUGAAUAUAUAUACAUAUACAGGCGUUGUAAAAUAAAGAUUUAUUAAUAAACAACAAUUAGAGUCUUGUAUAAAAUUUCCAUGUGCAUGAAACCAGAAACGUAUUUGUAGAUAUAACAGACAAAAGGCAUCUGUACCUUUAUCCCUUCACAGAACAAAUUCUCACAUUAAUCAUAAUUCCUAAAAAAGAGAAAAAUAGGGUUUUAAGGGUUAAACUUUAUAUAACGCUUGAUAUAAGUUCAGUUACAAAUAGUUACAAAGUACAUU